GUAAACCAUAUCAACGCUGUGGUAGUUUUUGCUAGUACUGCAGCAUUAAAUAAUCUCAUUGUAAUGAUAACUGAAUUAUAAAUCGGCUUUGCUGACAAGUAUUUUGCACUCGAUUAAAAAUUUAGACUCCCUGCAUAGUGCCAGUUGCCAGGCAGAGCCCUGCAUGGAAUGCGCAUGCGUACGCUAAAGAUUGUCUACGCUAAUUGGCUAAAGAUUUGUAUUCAGCGGCCAGAGGGGGAUGCGCGUAACCCGGUGGGGCAGUGUCCGAGAAAUAAACCCAGCGUUACACGUGGUUAAAACGAGCAAAAUCACUAGUUAUGUAGAAUAGACGAGCGACAAACAUUUUUUUGCAAUGGAUGGAAGAAGACGGCAUCAGAAGACGUCAUCAUCUUAAAGGGGCCUUUGUCAGCAUCAUACAUAACAUAUAGGAAUCUGGUUUGUGGUAUAACCAUGACCGAAGCUGCAUCUGCAGAUACAAAUAGUAUGGAGCUGGAUGAUGGGAUGACUCCAGAUGAGACCCCAGUGAAUACACUACAGAGGUUAACUGAGGAUGAAGGGACCACCACUCGCAGGAAGAAGAAAAAGAGAAAGAAAGAAAUCAUCUACCGCUCUGAUCUGGAGGUUGAAGAUGCUGGAGAGGGAACCUCAGCAGAUGUGGAUGGGUCCUGUAGUGCUCCAUUUGAAGAAGAAGAGGAACCUGUACCUCCUGACAGCCGUUUCGUGACCCUGACUGGCACUAUUACACGAGGAAAGCGGAAAGGCCAAAUGGUGGACAUCUAUAUGACCCUUACUGACAAAGAGCUGAGAGACAUGGCGCGUUCCAAAGAGCGUCUAGAUGCGGAGUGUGACGGGGUCGCCGAAGCUAAGCAAAAACCCUGCGCGUUAGGGCUUAGCCAGGGUCCCCAUGUUUUCCUCUGGAGUCUUUCCUGCUCUCCUUUCAUCUUUGUUCUGUCCUUCAUCACAUCAUUUUACUACGGAACGCUCACCUGGUACAACGUCUUCCUGGUUUACAACGAAGAACGCACCUUUCUGCACAAGAUCACACUGUGUCCUUUGCUCAUCUUGUUAUAUCCGGUGCUCAUUGUGGUUUUGUGUUUUUGUAUGGGGGUGUAUACGGCAGUAAACCAGCUCUCGUGGGUGUUCGGGGAGUGGUGGCUGGCGGUGAGAGACCUUGAAAAAGGUUUCUGUGGCUGGAUGUGUGGGAAACUGGGGUUGGAGGACUGUGCGCCCUACAAUGUGGUUGAGCUCCUGGAUUCUGACACUCUCUCUGGGACACUUCAGGGAAAGAGGAUGGAGGAUGUUGAGCAGACUUCCUCUCUGUAAAGUGGAUUAAAGCUUUUAACGAAUAACAUUUUAUGAUUUAAAGGAAUGUUCCGGUUUAAACUCUAUCGAUAGCAUCUAUGGCAUGAUGAGGAUUUCCACAAAAAUGUGCUGUAAUGUUGUAGACUUCCACUGUUAGUUUCACAAGCUCACAUUAACAUGUAAUAAGAUAAAGCAUAUUUGGCAUGCUGUCAGAGGGGAGGGCUCCGAGCUCGGAAUUUUAGCUAAGAGGGAGGCAAUGGGGUGGAGGAGGGAUGCUGCAAAGCUGUCACGGGACAGAGGUGAUUAGUUUGCGCUUUCUUUGUGCUGAUUAGUUGGAUCACAUGACCAUGCUCCUCCCGAACUUAGUUAAAUAAACUUCAUUUGUAUUACUGUGGUAAAGGACAGGAUGUCACAGACAUUUAAAUGUAAACGUCAUCAAUCUUCAUUUUGUGCUAGGGUGUGACAGUGGGACCCAAUUUUGCAUGGGUUGUGUGCAUUAUUUUUAUAUCUCAUAUUCAGGAAAAUUAAGUAUUGUAGAAUUAUAUUGCAAACUCUCACAAAAUCAAUACAGUGGGAUAUAUUGAUUACUGGUAAAAGUUUAAUUGUAGCUUUUGACCACUAAAAAGAGAAAUGAGGCAUUGUGUUACCCUCUUUCACUGUGUCAUCAUCCCAGUACAUUGCAUUGUGUUGUAAUUCCUCAGUAAGCGGUAAGGUAUCUGAGGUAUUUAACUUCCGCCCACAGCGAUUCAUGCAUGGAUUGAUAACAGAGUUUCUGCUCUUAAAUUCCUUUUAUCUGGCUUUUAAAAAGUGAUGAAUUACUUUUUACAUGAAUGCCCUUUAGUACAGUUCUCAUUCGCAGCUUUUCUCAUAUUUUUUGUAUGGUCAAAUUUUAAUUUUGUUUAAAUGGUCAGACGGGAGCUUCUUAAUCUCGUAACAUUUUACUCAAAGUAGACUUAUCCAGGAGCAUGGUUAAGGGGAAGGUAGCCCCCCAAUAUUUAUAUAAAUGAAAUGAAUGAAAAUAUGUACAUUUAGCAUUUAAACCCUCCCAGUGUUCAAACCUAAUCUACACCCUUGGACUCUUUAAAAUACAAUGUGUACUUUCUCUUUCAUGCACAGGAGAGUUUUAUUACCGUAUUAUAUUUUACUCAUGGUAUGAGUCCCAAAUCACUGAACUGUUGUGUUAGUAUUGAAACAGUGUUGUGCUUUGUUGUGUGUUUUUUACAGGUAUUCCAAUGGUGCUCACAUGGAUCUUAGCCAUUAAAAACCACAGGCAAUGUAGUAUCACAUUAAAGGGACAAUCCACUUUUUUUGAAAUAUGCUCAUUUUCCAGCUCCUCUAGAGUUAAACAUUUGAUUCUUGCCGUUUUGGAAUUUUGGAAGUUGAUCCUGCCAUUGAAAGUUACCAAGGGGACUAUUUUUGGGCAGUGUGUACUAUCACUACGCAGCUACAUCAUCAGCAAAGUCCUUGAUUAUUACGCCAGUUUGAGAGUAUAGUUCCUAGCCAUAUCUGCCUAGGAAAUCGCAUCUUUUAAUUUUCUGUCGGUCUUAGUACACGAUUUAACUACAGAAGAGUCAAGUUUUAAAUAGGAAAAAUAUCAGAACUCUUUGGUUUUUUUUUAGAGCGAUGCUAAUGGUCUAAUCAGAUUCAAUGGAUUAUGCUAAGCUAUGCUAAAAGUGCUAGCGCCAGACCCGGAGAUCAGCUGAAUGGAUUUCAAAACGGUAAGAAUUAAAUGUUUAUGUCUAGGGGAGCUGGAAAAUGAGCAUAUUUUCAAAAAAAGUGGAGUGUCCCUUUAAGUUGCAAAGUGGUGUACAAGGGCGUCAUCUUAUAUCUUCAUAUCAUUUAAACAGGAAAUUUCUAUAGAUGGAUACUGGAUUUGCAUACUUUUGUGAAUUGGUGUAUUGUUCUCACGGUCCAUCUGAGGAAUUGCAACAUCAGUAACUUGACAGAGUGGUUUCUCUUCUCCACAUACAAGACUUAACUUAUCUGUUAUGUAUACUGUCAUAUAAUGUUGCUGUGACAUUACAAAAAGACCAAAUAUGUUACCAGAGGUUUUUGCAUCUGAGCUGCAUAAUUAAUGUAUUCCUGAAAUAUGUAUUCAUUGGAUAUAUUGUACUAAAUCUGCAUGUGAGCAGGUUUGAUGUAACCCACCUUUUUAAGUGGAAAAAUUGCAAUGAUAAAGAUUCAAUCUUUUACACAUUUAUAUUCAUUUUGUUUCAAUUCCUUUUGUAACUUUUCUAGGAGUUGUGCUACAUUUUUGACACUUAUCAAUGCUACAGCAGAAUAACUUGAAUUGUUUUAUGUUCCUUUGGUCCAGCCUUAAACUUCCACAUAUCAACAACACUUGAAUAAAAUUGUCUUCAAGUAGACUGUUUUUCUGCAUACAUGGUUUGAAAGCACAAACUUUGUUUGUUUUUUAGCGUGACCUUUGUUUUGUUUGCACACUUAAGUUAUUUGCACAGGGUGUGUACUGCGA